AUGCUGUACUUCCAGGUGGUGAUUUUGGCAGCGACGUUGAUGCUGGUUUACUACUGUGAGUUCACGGACACUUUCAGACCGGCACAGCAGGGCUUCAUCUGCAGAGACCCCACUCUGACCAAGCCAGAUCCUGGACCUGAACAGGACAGCCACGUACAGCCAGUAAUAAUGUACUCUGUGGUGGGUGGACUGCCUGUUGUACUGAUUUCAGGUGUAGAGGUUGUCAUCUUCCUCCUUCAUUACAACUCAAACAACCAAUACGACCAAGAGAAGGUUGUUGUCAUGGGUGACUGUUGCUAUGUGAACCCAAUGGUGCGCAGGACCGUCCGUUUCCUUGGUGUGUAUUUCUUCGGGCUCUUUACAACAGACAUCUUUGUCAAUGCAGGACAGCUGGUCACAGGAUGUCUGGCUCCUCACUUCCUGUCUGUUUGUCAGCCCAAUUACACUGCCCUCGGCUGCCUAGACACGGUGCAAUUUAUCAGCCAAUCAGAUGUGUGUACUGGUGACCCCGAAGACAUCAUGAGAGCCAGAAAGACUUUUCCCUCCAAGGAGGCUGCACUGAGUCUGUAUACAGCUAUUUACCUGGCAAUGUACAUCAUGUCCUGUUUUGGCUCAAGAGGAGGUCGUCUGACUGCCCCUCUUCUCAGCCUCUCAUUGGUCAGUCUGGCUAUGCUAACAGGCAUCAACAGAGUAGCUGAGUAUCGAAACCACUGGAGUGAUGUCAUAGCAGGACAAGCCAUCGGGGCAGCUAUUGCCGUCUUUCUGGUGGUGUUUGUGGCUCAGUAUUUUAAUAAGAGACUUGUGAUUUCUCAGAGUCCAUCAGAUGCAGGCACAGCUAACACUGAUGAGACUUCACCCCAAAGAAAUCACACUAUGGAAACCAGUGAUAAAUACAUUGUUACACAGGCUUAAGGCACUUCCGGGUUUACUUCACUGCUCUGACCGGGAAGUUGCCGCCUGUCUCAAACACAUUAAGAAGGCAAGACAUUCCACAAAUAAACUCUUGACAGCGCACACCUGUAGAUUGAAAACCAUUCCAGGUGAGCAGCUUAUGAAUCUGACUGAGAGAAUAACAGAAUUGUGCAAAGCUGUCAUCAAAGCAAAAGGUGGCUACUUAGAGUCUAAAAUCUAAAACAUUUUCUGUUUUGUUUAACAUUGUUUCUUUACUACAUAAUUCCAUAUGCAUU